GAAUAGACAUGAAACACACAAUAGUCGCAUUGAUAAUAUUCAGCGUACUUUUACGUUGUCACGGAGACGAAGAAAUACCUGAAAGAUUGGCAGAAUACAUAAUACAAGUUGCAGAAAAGGAAGGUAUUUACAAACGACCCGAUGACCUCAACAAAGAUACUGUCUCUAAUGUGAAAAAAGUGACACAUUUUGAACCAAAAGUUGAUGUUCCAGUUAUAGGAGGAGACAACCCAAUAGUGAACACGACUUCUGGUUUAGUAGAAGGAACCUCCACCUCGGAAGCGCAUGCAUUUUAUGAAAUCCCGUAUGCAGAACCACCAGUGGGAAAUUUGCGAUUCCAACCUCCACUUCCGCUACAAAAUCGUAGAGAUAUUGAUGGCAGUAGACGAAGAGGUCUGAUGUGUCAACAGACUAGAGAUAUAGCAUGUCUUAUAUCGCCACUUUGUGAAGAAGUUAUGGAUGAAGAUUGUCUUGUUUUAAACGUUUUUGUUCCGGGCAACGUUAACUUGACAGAUGCCAACCAACCGCCGGGCAACCGCUUGCCAGUUUUAUUCUAUAUCCAUGGUGGGUCUUUCAGCCAUGGUGCCGGUACAACGACGAGCAAGGAUGGAAAAGAAUUGGCAAGCGUCACAAAUACACUUGUUGUAGUGAUUAAUUACCGACUGGGACCGUUUGGAUUCCUUGUUCACAAGGAAGCAGGAAAGCCAGAUAUUGAAGGAAAUCAGGGACUGGCUGAUCAGAGACUAGCAUUGGAGUGGGUCCGAGACAACAUAGCUAAUUUCGGAGGAGACAAAAAUAAGGUUACGAUAUUUGGAGGUAGCGCCGGAGCACAAUCCGUUAUGUUUCACACAUUGUCAGCGAAGAGCAAAGACUUAUAUGAAAAGUCAAUCCAGGAAAGCAACCCGGCUGUAUUUUCUUAUCAAACUCCAGAUGAAUCGUUAGAAAUUACUUCUGAUCUUACCAGAAGAUUGUGUUCGAGAACAGAAUCUGAAAGAGAAUGUAUAAUGAAUGCAAAUGCAACCGAAAUCACUCGUCGUCAGCUUGCUGUUCAAGUUCGUGGUUUUGUAACUGGUGACGUCAUGGCCUUUAUAGAACCAUAUCGCCCCGUUAUUGAUGGAGUAGAGUUUACGGAUCAACCAUUAGCUUUGUACAGAGAUGGAAAAUGGAAUUCAGAUAAAAGCAUGAUUGUUGGAGUAAACACUGAAGAAUUAGAUGGAAUUGCAUACCUGCUGCCGGAAACAUUCCCUACUGGGAAAACAAUGUUCACGAUAGCCAAUUAUUACCUUGUUGGUCCCGGAAAAACAGAUGCUGUGGUUAAGAAGUACGAAGAAGCAUACCAUCAAGAGGAUGGUGAUUUCGGUGUGACAUUUGCCAAAGAACUGAGUCACAUGUAUUUUGUUUGCCCAAGCAGGGCGUUAGCAAGAUUUGCUGCUUUAACCACAACUGGCGAUGCUGAAGUUUAUUUCUACGCAAAUGAACAUGGAGUUCUAGACAGUCUGUGUCAACUGAAUAAUAAUGGAAGCGACGAAGGAUGCUACUUUGCAUCUCAUGGCGCGGAAACUCGUUACGUGUUUCGUACAGUUCAGAAUCCCACAGAAGCAGAUCAAUCAGUGGAAGAUCAAUUUAGCACGUACUGGGGAAGUUUUGCGCGAACAGAAACCCCGUCCAACGACUUAGAAACAUCUAUAGGAAACUUUCCUGAUUGGCCUAUAUAUUCACCUCUUUAUCCCCCUGCGAAUUCAGCCAAAACCAACUUCCAGUCCGAUACUGGAUCGCAUUCAAGAAUCUCACCUUUCCUGAUUGAAGCACCGCUGCAUAGUCAGAAAAUGCUUGAAUUUUGGGAGAAUUUACGCAUCAAAGCACCUGUCGGUCUAACGGAAAUUGGAUACGAAGAAGAUAUAUGCGAGUUCUGGGACAGUGUUGGAUACUACAUGGAUCCUAUUCCCUUUGCAACAACAACUGAAGAUCCCCAUACAGUUGGAAACAGUCAACCCGCAACUCCAGUCAUUCAAACGACAAGCAAUGCUAAUUCAAUUACUAUAACGUUAUCUUCUUUAACAUUUAUUCAAAGCUCGCUUUCAGCUAUAUUUAGAUAAUAAGUAAUGAUAAUGCUGAUAUUGAGCUUUAUUUCGGAUAC